CUCCUCAACGAUGAGCAUCAAGUUCACAGUCAACGGAUUCCCGUACGCGGUGGAGGCCACGGACUUCGCCCCGGACAUCACCCUCAAUGCCUUCCUGCGGGAGCAUCUCCACCUAACUGCUACUAAAUACAUGUGCCUUGAGGGCGGAUGCGGCUCCUGUGUCUGCGUCAUCCGUAGGCGACACCCGGUCACCCAGGAAGUUCAAUCCCGUGCAGCGAAUUCCUGCCUUACACUCCUAAACACCUGCGACGAUGCCGAAAUUAUAACGGACGAGGGGCUGGGCAACCAGUUGAGUGGCUACCAUCCGAUCCAGAAGCGUCUGGCGCAGCUGAACGGCACUCAGUGUGGCUACUGCUCCCCGGGAUUCGUGAUGAACAUGUACGGACUGUUGGAGCAGCACCAGGGACAGGUAAGCAUGGCACAGGUGGAGGACGCCUUCGGAGGAAACAUCUGCCGCUGCACAGGCUAUCGCCCCAUUCUGGACGCCAUGAAAUCUUUCGCUGUGGACAGCACCGUGGACGUACCUUCCGAGUGCAUAGACAUCGAGGACUCCUUCGAGCUCCUCUGCUUGAAAACCGGACAAUCUUGUAAGGGCAGCUGUUUGAGGCCUCCCAUGAGGGAUCAGAGUGGCAGCCACUGGUACUGGCCCAAGUCCCUCACGGAGCUCUUCACCGCCUUGGGGCAGGUGGGAAGCGGAGAACUGUACAUCCUGGUGGCGGGCAACACGGCUCAUGGAGUCUACAGAAGACCAAGGAAUAUCCGACACUUUAUCGAUGUGAACAAAGUGGCAGAGCUGAAGCAGUACAGCAUCGAAGCGGAUCAUAUGCUGAUAGGAGCAAAUAUUUCUCUCAGCGAUGCCAUGGACUUGUUCCUACUGGCUGCCAAGAGGCCCGGAUUCGAGUACUGUAUUCAGUUGUGGCAGCACUUCAACUUGAUAGCCAAUGUGCCAGUCCGAAAUAACGGUACUCUGGCCGGAAAUAUCAGCAUUAAAAAGCAGCACACAGAAUUCCCUUCGGAUGUGUUCAUUACCUUUGAAGCCUUGGAUGUGAAUGUCCUGGUCUACGAUAAUCCCAGCACCCAAAGGGUGAUGAGUUUGUUGUCCUAUAUCAGUGAUACCACGCCCAAGCUGGUCCUUGGAGGGUUUAUUCUGAAGGCGUAUCCUAAGAACAGAUAUCUUUUCGGUUCUUACAAGAUCCUUGCCAGAGCGCAGAAUGUCCACGCCUAUGUGAAUGCAGGAUUCCUGAUCGAAUGGCAAGAUACACAGCGCAGUAUUGUGCGGUCUGCCCGAAUUUGCUUUGGAAACAUCCGUCCAGAUUACGUUCAUGAUGACGGAUUGGAGCAACUGCUCCCGGGAAGGGAUCUCUACGACCCCGCCACCGUUACUCAGAUCUUCCAACAACUUUCAGGCAGCAUCCAGCCAGAGGAACGACCACCGGAAGCAUCUCCGGAAUACCGUCAGAUGCUGGCCUGUUCUCUCUUCUACAAAUUUCUUCUCGCCACCGCUCCUAAGGAGCGGGUUCAGGGACGAAAUCGCACGGGGGGUUUUCUACUAGAGAGGCCUCUUUCUUCGGGGAGCCAGACUUUUGAGACUAUAAAGAAAAACUAUCCAGUCACCCAACCGGUUCAGAAGCUAGAGGGUCUAAUACAGUGUUCUGGAGAGGCUUCGUACAUGAACGACCUGCUGACCCCCUCGAAUUCCGUUUAUUGUGCUUUUGUGACCGCCAAACGAGUGGGAGCCACUAUUGAGCAGAUUGAUCCAUCAGAGGCAUUGCAGUGCAAGGGAGUAGUAGCCUUCUUUUCCGCAAAGGAUAUUCCAGGACUCAACAACACCGUCACCAACAAUCUACUGACACCCGAAGUGGACGAACUCUUCGCAGCAGCUCAGGUCAAGUUCUAUGACCAGCCCUUGGGAGUAAUUGCGGCGCUCAAUCAUGACACUGCAGUGUAUGCAGCAACCCUCGUGAAGAUAACCUAUUCCAACAACCAGAGAAAGAUCUAUAUGAGCAUGAACCAAGUCAUCGCAGAGAACCAAACUGAACGAAUUAUAUGCUUGAAGAAGGAUGAGGAUGAGCCCCUGAAAACACCUCUGUUAGCCCCUGGAGAAGUCCUGGGCAGAGGAAUCCUGGAACUGGAGUCGCAGUACCACUUCACGAUGGAACCACAGACCACUAUAGUAGUUCCUGUUGACAACAUCCUUCAGGUUUAUUGCUCCUCUCAGUUCAUGGACUGCACCCAAGGAGCCAUUGCCAAAAUGUUAGGCGUCACCGUGAACUCCAUUCAGCUACAAGUCCGCAGAGUGGGAGGCGCGUACGGGGCAAAGGUCACUCGGUGCAACGUUGUGGCCUGUGCCGCCGCGUUGGUGGCUUCCAAAUUGAACAGGCCAACCAGGUUUGUACAGACCAUCGAGUCCAUGAUGGAAACUCUUGGCAAGCGAUGGGCUUGCCGCGCAGAUUAUGAGUUCCGUGCUCGAGCCAAUGGAUCUAUAAUUAUGCUAACUCAAAACUACUACGAGGACGCGGGUUGCAAUCUUAACGAGAAUGUUGUCGAUUUUCUCACUCUUCCGAUUUUAAAAAACGUUUACAACUUGACGGACUCGAAUUUCAAGGCGAAAGGUAGCGCCAUCAUCACUGAUGCUCCAAGCAACACAUGGUGUCGGGCUCCAGGAUCUGCAGAAGGCCUUGCUAUGACAGAGACCGCCUUGGAGCACAUUGCCUUUACCUGUCAGCUUGAUCCUGCUGACGUUCGGUUGGUGAAUCUUCGACCUGGUAGCAAAAUGGUGCAACUUUUGCCUCGAUUUUUGGGCUCCACGGAGUACCGCAAGCGCCGGGAUCAGAUCAACCUGUUUAACGCCCAAAAUCGUUGGCGGAAGCGCGGCAUCGGAUUGUCUCUCAUGGAAUUUCCACUGAACACUACUUUCUCCUUCUCUUACCCCACAACAGUAGCUAUUUACCACGAAGACGGAUCCGUGGUGAUUUCCCACGGAGGUAUCGAGAUCGGUCAGGGAAUAAAUACGAAGGCGGCACAAGUAGCCGCCUUUGUGUUAGGAGUCCCUUUAGAUAAGGUGCGAGUGGAAAGCAGCAACACUGUGAACGGAGCCAACGCCUUUGUUACUGCCAACUCCAUGUGCAGCGAGAUGAUUGGACUGGCUGUGAGGAAAGCCUGCGAUACCCUCAACCAGAGACUAGCUCCAGUAAAAAAGCAAUUGGGGCCUCAGGGCACAUGGGUGCAGGUGCUCCAAGCUGCCUAUCUGCAGUCCAUUUUCUUGAUUGCCACAGAAUCGUAUAAAUUGGGUGAUAUUCCCAAUUACAGCAUUUUUGGCCUGAGUCUCACAGAGGUGGAGCUAGACAUUCUGACGGGAAACCAUUUAAUUCGUCGGGUGGACAUCUUGGAGGAUGCUGGCGAAAGCCUGAGUCCAAACAUCGAUGUGGGCCAAGUUGAGGGAGCAUUCGUGAUGGGGCUGGGAUACUAUCUCACAGAACUUCUUGUCUACGAUCGUCAGACGGGCCAGAUUCUCACAAACCGGACCUGGAACUACCACCCUCCAGGAGCCAAGGACAUUCCCAUUGAUUUCCGCAUCGAGUUGCUUCAAAAGAGUCCCAAUCCGGUAGGAUUUAUGCGGUCCAAGGCCACGGGAGAACCUGCUUUGUGUCUGGCAGUGGGAGUCCUUUUCGCCAUCCAACACGCUAUCCAGUCGGCGCGAACAGACGCAGGACUUCCGAGGGAAUGGGUGCGAUUGGGAGCCCCCACCACGCCAGAGACUGUGGUACUCAAUGCUGGCAGCCAGGUGGAAACAUUUUCUUUGUGAUUUUUACAGAAUGUAAUCUUACUUGGUGGAGGAUCUAACACUUAUAAAAAUUGAAUUAUCAAUAAAAUUGUAUAUUUUUAUGAAA